AUGGCUCAUAGCAGCAAUGCAAGCGUGGUCGUGACUGAUCAGGACCUCCGCAACGCUCUGAUCCGAACAAAUAUAGCCUUGCUUCAACGAGAGGUCCGUGAAAAGAAGCACUGGUACAACAGCCGGCGCGUUGUAGUCCGCAAGCGUAACGGUCGUAUUCACCUCUCACGCCUAGGAUCACAACAGCACCAGAACGAGUACAUAUCCGUAGAAUACGAAGACGACGAAGAGGAAUCCCAAAACAACGAUUUCACGUUGGUUGACAAACAUCCCCUAUCGUCGCGAUCUGCCAGCUCUAGCUUCAGUGUCUCUUCAACCUAA